GACAUAUAAAUGGCAAGUUGACCAUUUACCAACAAUCUCAAAACCAAUCUUCAUCACUUACCCCAUUUCCUUCACAAUCUAUUACAUGAAUCACUGAGGUGGAUCAUUUGGUAAGAAAAUAUUAAUUUUCAUUUAAUAUAAAAAAUAAAUAAAUCAAUCAAUAAUUAACAGAAAAAAAAAGACAUAUAAAUAUAAUACAAACCACCCUGCAAUAAUACAAGAUAACCUGCACGACAAAGAAACAUCAAAAUUUGUCCUUAGAGAGGGACCAAUUUUGUGUGAUCAAAUAUUUGUUGUGUGUAGGUUUCCUCGAAAUCGAAAGAUUCCGAAUAUGCUUAUCGACCGUCUCUUUCUAAUUUUCUCGAUUAUACGUACGUCGUCGUAUAUACGUUCUUCUUCGAACAAUGCCAAUCUCUCAUUCAUCCUCACCAUUGCAUUCUGCAAAUUACUCAUCAUGGGGAAUUGUCAAAAUAACCCUCUGCCAGUCGAUACCUUUUUCGGGUUUCCUACCGCAUUGCCGACUUGGCCAACCGGGGGCGGUUUUGGGAGCGGAGAAAUGGAUCUUGGGGGGCUACAAAUUCGAAAAGUAUCGACUUUCAAGAAAAUCUGGACGUCGUACCAAAGUGGAAUGAAUAACUUUGGCGCGACGUUUUUCGAGCCUGAUCCAAUACCAGACGGAUUCUCGAUGCUCGGAAGCUACGCUCAGACUAACGACCAACCGUUAUUCGGUUGGAAUUUUGUCGGGAAAUCGGACGGAACCGACAUUUUAAAGCAGCCAACUGAUUACACUCUUGUUUGGUCCGAUACUUCCACAACAGAGUCGGCCUACUUCUGGCUCCCGAUUCCGCCAGACGGUUACAAAGCUGUGGGCUUCGUUAUCACAACCACGGCCGAUAAGCCGUCGCUGGAUAAAAUCCGAUGCGUCCGAUCGGAUUUCACCGACGAAUCGGAGAUCGAGGCGUGGAUUUGGGGGCAAGGUGGGAUGAAUGUGUACGGUUCGAGGCCGAAGACUAGAGGGACGAAGGCGCAGCAACUAAGCGUCGGCGCGUUCCUCGUCCAAACCGACAACUACACCGAUACGUUGCCGUGUUUGAAGAACAACAACUCGACGGUAUCGGCAGCGCCAAAUUUGAGCCAGAUCAAAGCGGUGUUCAAUACGUAUUCGCCGUAUAUCUACUUCUUUUCGAAAGAGAAUUACCUUCCCUCGUCGGUCAACUGGUUUUUCAGCAACGGGGCGUUGCUGUACAAGAAGGACGACGAGUCGAACCCGGUUGGUAUCGAGGCCGACGGGUCGAACCUGCCGCAAGGUGGGUCGAACGACGGCGAGUAUUGGAUCGAUCUUCCGGGGGGUAAAAACGAAAGGAGGAGAGUGCAGGGGGGUGAUUUGCAAAAUGCGGAGGCUUAUUUACACUCGAAGGCGGUGCUCGGCGGCGCGUUCACCGAUAUACAGGUGUGGAUAUUUUAUCCGUUCAACGGCCAUGCAACGGCGAAGUUGGGGAUAAUUCACGAAAUCUCUUUGGGGAAAAUCGGCGAACACGUGGGGGACUGGGAGCACGUGACGCUGAGAAUCAGCAAUUUCGACGGGGUUCUUUACAGGGUUUACUUCGCGGCGCACGCCGGAGGGACAUGGGUCGACGCCUCCUUGCUGGAGUACGCCGGCGGCGGCGGCGCCGCCAAUAAGUUCGUCGGGUACGCGUCGCACAACGGGCACGCGGCGUAUUUCCAGGCGGGGGAGUACGUGCAGGGGCCGGGUGAGGUCGGGAUAAGGAACGACACCGGGAAGAGCGAUAUGGUGAUGGACACCGGAGCGAGUUUCACGGUGGUGGCGGCGGAUGGGCUGAGUGCGGCGGAGGGGGUGGUGGAGCCGGCGUGGUUGGAGUAUGCUAGAGAAUGGGGUCCGAAGAUAAGCUACGAUUUCGGGAAGGAGGUGAAGAGGCUGGAGAGAUGGUUGCCCGGAAAGUUGAAAUCUUUGUUUAAGAAGCUGGUGGAAAAGCUGCCGGAGGAAGUUUACGGCGAGGAGGGGCCGACUGGUCCGAAGAUGAAAAGUAGUUGGGAUGGUGACGAAAUAUGAGAAAGUAUUGGGCCCAAUUUGAAGAAAGCCCAAAAUUGGGCUUAUAUAUUUAAUAUUAUGGGUCCAUUUGACAUACACCCUUAAUAUGAAAAAGGGGCUUACUAUUCAUAGUGCAAUUUUUUCCGGUUACAGUGCGAAAUAAUUCAUUUGUCAAAAAACCCUUUAACAUUUUUCGAAAUCCUCUCA